CAGCCCCUCCCUUCUCCUUUGUUUUACUCUCUCAUUCUCAGAUAACUGUGCUCCAUUUGGCAACAACUGUCAGCGAAGAAAGACACCUGCAGGGGACGGAACAGCAAGGACACAGAAAAGCAGGUUGGCUUGCGACAUUUGACAAGCUUCUGUAUAUAUUUCGUUACACACUGGAACAAAAGGAUGAGAGUGACAGGUGUGCUGCGAAUCCUGGCUGUGCUGUUCACCUUGGCAACAACUUGGCUUUUUGUCAACACCUAUUUCAACCGCGCUGGCAUGAAAUCCGUCAGCCUGAGGAGCUGGCUGGGCGGCAGAGUGAAGCCAACCAAAGGGCACACUGUCCAGCAUAAAUGCGGCAACCAAAGACCCUGCCCUGCCAAUAGUUUCGCCUUCAGAAUCACUAGCGGCGCAGCCAAUGUCGUCGGACCUUCCAUGUGCUUCGACAACGUUAAGGUGUUAAGCAGCAUAAAAAAUAACGUUGGUCGGGGUUUGAACAUUGCGCUUGUCAAUGGAAGCAGUGGACAGCUUCUCAAGACGGCUGCCUUUGACAUGUAUUCUGGAGAUGUGCAGCACCUCUUGGAUUUCCUGAAAGCAAUCAGCGCAGGUACCAUCGUGCUCGUAGCUUCCUAUGAUGACCCAGCAUCAAAGCUGAACGAUGAAGCACGGAAGUUGUUUGCUGAACUGGGAAGCAGCUACGCUGCCAAGCUGGCGUUUCGAGACAACUGGGUGUUUCUUGGCGGGAAGGGGCUCAAAAACAAAAGCCCCUUUGAGCAGCACUUGAAAAAUGAUAAGGAGACAAACAAGUAUGACGGCUGGCCUGAGCUUCUGGAAAUGGAGGGUUGUGUACCUAAGAAGCUGGAAUGACAAUGAGCCAAAUUCAGAACAGCUACUGACUGACUUUUCACUUUGCCUCAGAUAUGGUGGAACCAAUUCGAUAAGACUCAACCCUCUGCCCUGUGGGGUUUUGAACACAGAGCGCUAUCUACCAUGCUUCAUUUCAAAGAGAUUAUAAAAAAGAGGUUUGGCUGCACCACAGGGCCAAUAGGAUUUCAGUGCACUGUUGUGUUGUGUUGUAUUAAUAAUAGAUUCACAGAGGAUCUGUGAAAGGUAUUCAGCAAUCGGUUUAUGUAACGCCUUUGGAAGCCCUGCAAUCUGGUGGGAAGCCAGGACCCUCAAACAGCAACAGCAAACAACUUGAGAAGAGUUGUUUGAACUUAAGACACACAUAAUAUUUACACACACACACAUGUAUAUUUAUAGAGAGGGAGUCCUCUGCACUGUGGAUAUGCUGUGGAUCUACCUCUAGGGUUGCCAUAUUCCUAAAAGUGAAAAUCCUGGCAAAGUUGUUGAGCCUUUUUAUUUUGGGGGGGGGGCAGCUGUUGAGCUUUGGGGGGGACAUCUUCCCCAAAAAAUAAAGUUUUGGGGCUUUUUGGAUCUUUAAGGCAUUAAAAAAAAAAGAAUCGCCCUACUUGCCAUACAUCUGGCUUCGCCCAGAUGUUUUGCAAAUUCAAAACUUGGAUGUAUGUCAGCCCUUUCUACCUCUACCAUACCAGCAAAUCAAAAGUUGGAUAGGUCUGUCAAUGCAUGGCACCAGAAAACAGCACCCAUGCGCAGCUGUCAGGGCCCUUAGCUCACUGGCAGGGCUUCUCACUAAUGCCUGUCCCUAAUCCCCCUUUUUAAACUGCUAAUCCAGUCAGUGUCAGGAGGCGGCCAUUUUGUUUUCCCAUAGUGCCCCAAAGCAGCGCAACACCAGGGGCAGUGUGGGAAAUGGAAUUGGCAGCUGCCCACCGCGGAGCCGAGUGCGACUGCUGCUGCCACAGCCCAAGGCCAGGUGAGCCCUAAAUGGCACUUGGCUGAAGGCUCCCUCAAACAUGGAGCUCUCGCCCUGCCAGUCGCUGCUGUUGCCGUCAUUUCUUUGGCUCAGAAACAAAGCACACACACCCCACACACAAUGGCAUGCUUGCGCAGUUUCCACCACAGCCCCCUGGGCAUAGGUUCCUUUGUUUCAAAGCCAGGGGAGGAGGCGGUGAUUUAUUUAUUUAUUAUUUAUUGAAUAUCCCGCUGUUUCUCCGCAAUGAGCCCAGGGCAGCAACAGAUACACAAUUUUUUAAAAAAAUUUUAAAAAGGAAACUGUUUUGAAACAAUAUUAAAACACACACAAAUUACAAUUCAAAACAUUCUAAAAGGAGUUGUGAUUAAAGACAUACUUCUGCCCAACUUGCCAGGAAGACUGUUCUUCAGGCACCCAACUCCUGAGUAAACAGGAGUUUCAAAUUCAAGUUAAUAGCGAUGAAAACAGGUGUGCCUCACUAGCGAGGGAAUUCCACAACAGGGGAGCCACCACCGAAAGAGCCCUGCCAUGGGUCAGCGCCAACCAGGCAGCCUCCAACAGCAACACAACCAACAAGGCCUCAGUGAUACUGGGUUGUGUCCAAUGAGAGUCCCACUCAAAUGAAAUUAAUGUACAUGGUUAACUUAGGUCUAUUAAUCUCAGUGAAUCUACUCAGAAAGUAGGACUUGUAUUAGAUACAAUACUGUGUGGGUAAGUGAGCAGGGAAGGGAAAAGGCUGUCUUAUCAGCAAUUGGUUCCCUGAUACUAUAUUGGCAGAUACUAUAUAAAAAUGGGGAUCUGAGAACAUUGAGCUCGCUGUAUGGUAUGUGUGUCUUCAGCCUUCCUGCAGUUCUUUCAUUGUACAGUUAAAUCACUCCGAUUUUUGGGUUGUUGCUUAAAAAAAAGUCCUUUUUAUAAUUUUAGUUUUUCUUGUGUUUAGCGUUCCUAUGAAAUGUUUGUUCUCUUAUACCCUCCUUUCAUAAACAUCCUUCAUUUGUUUGUCUA